CUCAUUCGCCAUGUUUGUGAGUAUCUAAUCGUUGUAGAUAUUUGUAAACAGUAAUUGCGUCAUAUAUAUAUUUUUAUUUACACACUGACGGUAAAGAAUAUAAGUAUCAUCUCUCUCUCUCUUUCACAUUUUUUAUAUUCCGUCAAAGCAUCUUGUUUCUUGAUAUCUCUCUACUCUCAAACAGACCUCAACCUGUGAAUACCUACAGAGAAAUGGGUACUCCGACUAAAGCAACGGCAUCGCUCCGCCUUCUCUUGACAGGAGCCACCGGGUACAUCGGAGGCUCCGUCCUAACCACGCUGCUUGAAUCAAAGCAUGAGUCGAUUCGGGACCUUGACAUUUCUGUUCUCGUGAGAGACGAAGAGAAGGGCGCUGUUCUUGCAAGGGACGGUAUCACUUCUAUCUACUUCACGGGCUUUGACGAUGCGGGCACUAUUACGGCUGCGGCGAGUGAGCAUGACAUCGUUAUAAACACUGCUUCUGGCUUCCACUCCGGUCUAGCCAGGGCUCUCAUCGUUGGUCUCAGCCAGAGGAAAAAGGAGACUGGCAAAGAAGUCUACUACUUCCACACGACCGGAACUUCCAACAUCGCGGAUAAACCACUGUCAAAGGAGUACCACGAGUCCCGCAUCCUCACCGACAACGAUGACCUCUACAGCUACCUCAAAACACGCGAGGCCGCCGAGCCGUAUCAGCAACGCACCACAGACCUAGUCGCCAUCGACACAGGCCUCGAACUCAAUGUACCAACCCACCUCAUCAUGUCCCCAACCAUCUACGGCGACGGGACCGGCAAGUUCAAUCGCAGAUCCAUCCAGCUGCCCAUACUCAUCCGCACGUUCAUUAAAUCAGGGCAAGCUGUUGUUAUGGGUGAUGGGGCAGGAGUAUGGGAUGCUGUGCAUAUCGCGGAUCUAGCGCCUCUCUAUGAACUCCUCCUCUUUAAGGCUCUUUCGGGCGAGAAGAUACCGUCUGGAAAGAAGGGUAUCUAUUUCUCGGAGACGGAGGAUUAUUCGUGGAAGCAGCUGUCUCAGGGCCUGGCAGACGAGUUGUUCAAGAAGGACCUCAUCAAGACGAAUGUGGUGAAGUCGAUUUCUCUCCAGGAGGGCGCUGAUUUGUGGACGGGCGGUGAUAAACAAUACGCCGAGCUGGGAUUUGGAUCCAACUCGCGGUCUCGUGCUAAGCUCAGUCGGGAGCUUGGGUGGGCUCCGAAGAGGACAAAGGGGGAUUUUAUGGGGAGUUUUAAGGGGGAGGUGGAGGCUGUUGCGGCCGAGUUUAAGAAAGCUUGAUUGAGGCGGGGGUAAUAUCUUGGAUGCGGAAUGGGCAAGUAUUGCAUGUCUUAAUAUUUAGUGUGCAUUUACAUUGGGGUGGAUUUGAAAUUAUGGCGCUUUGGGGAGGCUUGGUGCUGAAAUGAAUAUAUGCAUAAACUGCUAUUUCGGAAUUCCAUCUUGUACGCCCUGCUUCAACUUCAAGAUAAUAUCGACUAUCAGGUCAUUGCACGUCUUCAACAACCUUUUCAGCACUAUCUAAUUUGCAAUUAUGCCAACAUUGCUGCAAGAUCGAAGCUCGAGAUCUUCUUCAACAACCCGAAAGAGCAGCGAAAGUCGAUAGUCUCCAGAGUACAUGGGGAUAAAACUUUCGCGUAGUCAUGGGCAAUAUAUGACUCCAUAUGUCGAGAUCAUUUCUCGGGGGUCUAACUAAACUGGGUGUUAAGCUAAAUCUGAGUGAUGAGAAGAAUUCUCUCGAAACGCAGAUCAAAAAGCGGCUAUCUUCUGAGGAGCGCUGGUGAAGAAUGGAUGAGUCUUUACGAUAAGUAUCAAAAUGAAGGAUCGAGUCAAGCUUCGGGUUCUCGAGCGCUACCAAGAAGGAUAUCUGACAGCAACAGCAACUCGCAACAAGAAUGCAGCGACAGCACUAAACAAUCAGUGGUGAAAUUUCAGCACGGCGGUUUGAAGACUGCAGCGAUAGAGUGUGCCGCAGUUGUAAAUUCGUAUGUGCAGAAGGCACGGGUUUGCGCAAUUUGAUACGCUGAGCAGGUUUCAUUGUCCAGAGUUAGACACCUUCAGGCUGGGCUAAGAAGAUUUCUGCCAAGAGGAGUAGAGG